UUGCAGUCCAACGUUCCGAAAUGUUCGUGCGAUCCGGGCUAUGGCGGUGAUCGAUGCGACACACCAUUCAAAUGGGUGGAAUUCGGUCCAGGAGCAUUUGUGGAAUAUGACGUGAAAGUGGGUCUGGAAGAUAAGACAACUGAUGUGGAUGUCCUCUUUCUGCCGGGUAAAAGCAGUGGUGGUACUGGGGAACUUGGCUUUGCUAGUGCUGGUGAAAAGGGUUGCGUUGGUACCUUUCGAUGGCAACAUAUCAAUUUACCUCUCAACAAAAAUGCUGAUAGUUCGUCAUCGAAUGGUAAUGGCGGUAGCAAUAGCGAUAGCCAAAGUGGUACCGAGUCAAUUAUCACAAUCAAGCAGUCAAAAGGUGUGGAGUUGGGCUGUCCACAGCGAAGGACAUGCGCUAAUGUUGGAUUUACGUAUUGUGGUGGCUCGUUUGUGCUUCUUGGUGUGGAUGGUGAACUGGUUGGUUGUGGCGAAACCUUAGCAGUCAGCAGUCUCGGAAUCUCGAGCCCCGCUAUCAUUCUUAUCCUGAUAUGCUUACUUUUGUUGAUCAUGUUAGUUCUUCUGAUGGUUGUGUACACCCGACGACAGACACCUCCAUUUGAGCCUGUACGUCCCGAGGAUCUCAAUCGCGACAACCUGAGGCCAUACGAUGUGGAAGGUGGCGGUGAAGCGGAUAAUGACCAGUACAACAUCACAAAUCUUCGUAAACCGGUGAUGCCAAUCGAGGAGAAUGGUGUGAAUGGUUAUGCUCCACCUGUAUAUCCAUUACAGCGAGCACCAAUCGGUAUUUUCUUCGUUUUCUGUAAAAUCUGGUGGAUUACACUACUUUCGGCAAAGCAGAUGUGCAUCCUGUAA